UAACAUGCUUCAUUAGUCUGGGUGACAUUUCGAUCGUCUACUCUACAGCAUACGAUCAGUUAAUCAGAUAAAGGGAAAUCAAUACAUAUUUUUCUUAAAAAAAGACUCCCCUGGUGGCCGGAAGUGUAACUGUUCUUAGCCGCAACAGAAGUCACUUUGGGAUCUAAAAUCUGUGUGGUUUAAAUUGAUAGAGAUUAGUACAUUGGAGUGAUAAAAUGCUACCUUUAUCAAUUAAAGAUGACGAAUACAAGCCAGCCAAAUUCAAUCUGCUUUUCAAGAUGUCGGGAUGGUUCAGAUCAAUUCUUUCUGAUAAGACGUCCAGGAACUUAUUCUUUUUUCUGUGUUUGAAUCUGUCGUUUGCAUUUGUGGAAUUACUGUACGGAAUAUGGAGUAACAGUUUAGGCCUUAUAUCGGAUUCCUUUCAUAUGUUCUUUGACUGUACGGCCCUCUUGGCUGGAUUAGCAGCUUCAGUAAUUUCAAGGUGGAGGUCGAAUGAUGCUUUCUCAUAUGGGUAUGUGCGAGCGGAGGUCUUGGCUGGCUUUGUAAACGGCCUCUUCUUAAUCUUCACAGCCUUUUUCAUCUUCUCAGAAGGAGUGGAGCGAGCAUUGGAACCUCCAAAUGUCCAUCAUGAAAGGCUACUGCCUGUAUCUAUUGCUGGGUUAAUUGUGAACCUGAUCGGAAUAUUCGUAUUUCAACAUGGAGGGCACGGGCAUUCUCAUGGAGAUGAAGGUCAUGGUCACAGUCAUUCUUUGUUCAACGGAGGGGUAAACCAUGGGCAAAGUCAUGGAGGACAUGGCCACGGGCACGAGUCAAAGCAUGGACACAGCCAUGACCACGGUCAUGACCAUGGGCAUGACCACGGACAUGGCCAUGGGCAUGGCCAUUCGCAUGAGGACAAUCACUGCCAUGGUGACCCCUGCAAUCCACCAGAAAAAGGCCCCAACAAACAGAUCUUACAAGGAAUCUUCUUGCACAUUGUAGCAGACACCCUUGGAAGUGUUGGAGUAAUCAUAUCUGCUUUGCUGAUGCAGAAUUACGAUCUCAUGAUAGCAGACCCAAUCUGCUCCAUGAUAAUCUCCUUACUUAUAGGAGUAAGUGUUGUUCCGCUGCUCAGAGAAUCUAUUGGAAUACUAAUGCAGAGAACCCCUCCUUCACUGGACCACGUCCUCCCAGAGUGUUACCAGCGGGUCCAGCAGCUCCAAGGAGUUUACAAUCUGCAGGAGCCACACUUCUGGACCCUUUGUACCGACGUUGACGUUGGAACUCUGAAGCUGCUGGUAGCCCCCAAUGCGGAUUCCCGGUGGAUUUUAAGCCAGACACACAAUAUUUUCACUCAGGCAGGAGUUAGGCAACUUUAUGUACAGAUUGAUGUUGCAGCUAUGUAGUGGCCCUUACACUGGACUCCUUGGACCAAAGCCUUCCUGGUACUGUAGGGAUCAACAACAUCUGUCCGUCUGGCAUUAAACACCUCCGUCAAGAAAGAGGGACCAAGCUGAACAUUGAUAUGCUCUCGACCCCUCGGAAGUUCUUUCUUUUGAAGAAACUUGCAAUUGAAACAAUAUGUAGAACACAAUUAUGUUCGACUUCUUUUUUUUUUGGUCUUUUUACCUACACCCAUAGAAUAGUCUCAAUUGUGAUUUAUUUUGAUCUGGAUACUUUUUUUUUUUAAACAACACCUCAAUAGCUGAUAUCCUGAUAUGUAAUUCAAAUGUUUGUAAUCUGUCGUUUGCACUUUACAAACUUUAUUUGCCAAACCAUAUUGGGUUUCCAAAGUGCCUUUUGACCACUAUGAUUAUGGACAAUCUGGGCAUGGGCAUUAAGACCUGUUUUAAUCUGAACUCUUGGGUGAGAUUUAGCUAACAAGUGGGGGGUUUGAAAAUCUAUUCUCAUCCAUUUGAUACUAAGUGAAGUAGCUUCUCCUCUCUCUCUCUCUCUCUCUCUCUCUCUCUCUCAUUACAUAGUUCAAAUCUACAGUGGGGUUACGACAAAACAUUUAUUCACUGCAACGGUUCUUAACAUGGCUACAGCUACUUGAGAUUUCAUGAGAAUUCCACUUUGCCAUUUUUAAACACAAACAUCCCUGUGGGCAGUGCACACUUGCUUAGUUGAGUUUUAUUGCACAUCUGUGUCGUUCCAUUAAAGGGAUAAAUGUAAGAACAGAUGUGCAGCAACAGAAAAUCACAGUUUGAUCAUUUUAUUUUCCUGAUGUAUGUUGAUGCAACAAACUUGGGUGUACAGAUGACCAGCUCUCUUUUUGCAAUAAAAAAAGAUUAUCAAA